AUGCGCGCCACAACCUACACCCUCCUCGCCCUCCCCCUCCUCGUCUCCUCCACCCUCCUAACCCCCCCCCUAGCCCACCGCUACAUCCCCCAACAAAUCCUCGUCAACUUCUCCCCCCUCACCCACCCCUGCACCGCCUACGCCAGCACAGACACAGCCUGCGGCCUCCUCUGCCUCCCAGAGGGGUACACCUGCUGCCCGGACAAGCUGGGUGGUUGUAAGCCCGGCGAGAGCUGCGUGAAGGGUGAUAAUGGGGAGUAUGGCUGUUGUGGUGGGGGUGGGGGGAAGUGUACGGGUGAUGGGGGGAUUGUGGAUACGGGGGGGAGUAAGGAGACAACGACGGGGGAGACGGGGAGUAGUAAGACGACUGUGACGAGGAGCGAGAGUACGACGACUGUGAAGGACACGGAGACGAGUACGGGGGAGACGAGCACCACAACGGGGGAAUCGAGCACGAGCACGGACGCGGAGACAACAACGACGAGCGCGGAGACGACGGCUACUACUGAUGCGCAGCCCACGCCGACGGGUGAGACGACGGCGGCGGGACCGACUGUUACGGGUGGUUCCGCGGUGUAUGGUGCUGGGUCGUUAGGGGCUGUUGGAGCGGUUGUUGUGGGGUUGUUUGUGUUGUAGGGCGUGUGUUCGGGCUUGUGCUGUAAUGGGGAGUGAGUGUGCGGCUUGAAGAUAGUUGUGGGAUGGGGGAUGGAUGUGAUGAGGGGUUGAUGGGGGGUGUUUGGAGCUGGAGCGAAAAUUGCAGGACGGACGGGAGAGGGGUUUGGAUGGAAGAUGGGUGGUUGGAAGAUGGAAAGUGGUUUAUACCCCCAGCGCAUCAAGAUCUGCCCUGCACUCUAGCAGAUGAUGAGGGGUGAGGGGAUGGAUAUGUGGCGUGGGUUGUUAAUACUGUAUAUGAAACCAAGAUGGCAGCAUGCAUACUUAAAUAGCAAAAUCAAAGAUGAGAUUUCAUAAACCUGC